CGCUCGGAGCUUCCCAGAAAUUGACGGAGAAUCGUGACCGCAACUUUCUAUUUUAUCUUCUCCAUCUCCAUCUCCAUCGCCCGCAAAAAUAAAAGGAAAGAGAACAGAGGGAAAAGGGCUGGUAUUUACGUGUUCGUGUUGCUUCCCUGCAUCUCCGUGCAGAGGCCUCUCCCACCCCCUCUUUUUCCCUUUGUCCUGCCUCUCUCUAUUGUGUUCUCUGGUCUUUAUUGAAAGCUCGAUCUCGUGCGGUCUGUUCUGGAAGAACCCCAUUCCUGAGAUUUGAGGAAACCCGUCCCCGGAUUCUCCAUGGAAGAGGCACAAGUGGUCGAGUCCAAAGAUGGGACCAUCUCUGUGGCUUCUGCAUUUAGUGGUCACCAAGAAGCUGUUCAAGACAGAGAUCACAAAUUCUUAUCAAAAGCAGUUGAAGAAGCAUAUCAUGGAGUUGAUUGUGGUGAUGGAGGCCCUUUUGGUGCGGUUGUAGUUCAUAAUGAUGAAAUAAUUGUUAGCUGUCAUAAUAUGGUCUUGAAAAACACAGAUCCAACUGCUCAUGCUGAGGUGUCUGCAAUAAGGGAGGCUUGUAAGAAACUUGGGAAAAUCGAACUCUCUGACUGUGAAAUAUAUGCAUCCUGUGAGCCUUGCCCUAUGUGCUUCGGUGCAAUUCAUCUUUCCAGGAUUAAGAGGCUGGUUUAUGGAGCCCAGGCAGAGGCUGCAAUAGCUAUUGGAUUUGAUGAUUUCAUUGCUGAUGCAUUGAGAGGCACUGGAUUCUACCAGAAGGCCCAUUUGGAGAUCAAAAGAGCUGAUGGUAAUGGAGCCAUUAUUGCAGAACAGGUCUUUGAGAAGACCAAGGAGAAGUUUCAGAUGUACUGAUUAUUGACUGCCUUGAGAGAUUAAGAAGUACCAUACAUAUUGAACGUCUCCUGAAUCCAAAGAACAUGAAGGAAACUCUAGACAAACUUUUUAUUGGUUUUGGUACUUCUAGUGCUCUUUGGGAUUAAUAAGUGGCAAAUUUAUACACCAUUUUUCAUGAUAAUGAAGUAUUUCAAAUAGUCAACACCCUA